AUGUCACAGCAAGAAAAUGAAACAAACAAACAUCUUGCAAGAUUUUAUGCCGCGAUUAGUAGCGGCAUUUCCGAUAAAAAAUACAAGAUCAUAAGGAAUAUUUUAAAGCAUAAUAAUUGCUUGAACAGCCUGAUACCCGAAACACCAUACUUCAGGCAAGAAAAACCACACUUAAUCGGCAACUCGCUACUCCACUUAGCAUUAAUGGAACAUGAGCAGAAGAUUUUCAACUUUUUAAUAGAUCAAGGCGCAGAUUUCACCUUGAAAAACAGUAACGGUGAAACGGUUUUACACCAAGCUUUCCGUCAGAGCAACAAGUCUCAAAAGCCUUGUGAUAUAAUCUGGGGAAAAAUUAUCCACCCGUUUAUAGAUUCAGGACUGACUGCUCAGGUGAACAGCCGCAACUGGAGCAACCCCAGCAAUAAACACGGCUUAACUCAUUUUCACAUCGCCUGCAUGGUCAAUCAUACAGCGGCUGUCAAAUUCUUUUUGGAGAACGACGUGUCCGUAAACGAAACCGUGGAUAUGGACUCGCCUUCUCUGCCGGGCUAUUCAGCUCUGCAAUUUGCGGUGCGAUACUAUGCCUAUGAAGUGGUUUUGAUCUUGCUGAAUUAUGGCGCCGACACGAGCUUGAAGGACGCCAGCGGCACGAACCCGCUGCAAUUAGUGGUCAAGCGAAACAUCGAUAUCGCCGAAUGGCUGCAAAGUGGCAACCACACAUUAGACAAACUGUUCAAGAAGGAGUUGGAGGCCAACGAGAAGGUGAUUGCCGCGAUACUCGGCCCUCCGGGUUUCGACGACACCGGCAGCCUGGGUUUCAACGCGCUGCACGCAGCCUGCACGCUAUCCGACAGCUCGACGGUGGAGGAGCUACUGCGGCUCGAUUAUGACCCCGAACAGGCCGUUGACGUCCGCUCGCCGAUCUUUCCGGGCUACCGGCCGCUGCACUUCGCGGCGCACUUCAACACGCGUACGAUAAAGCUACUGUUGGACGCCGGGGCCGAUCCGACACGCGAGGACGCCACGGGCCGCUCGGCCCUCGACAUCUGCAUGACCCGGGACGACGUGAGCGACAGCAUGCCCAUGCUCCUGUCUAGCCGGCCGGACUGGGCGAACAUCAGCUUCAGCGACGGCGUCACCAGCCUGCAGAAAUUCGUCCUGUCGACACGCUUAUGUUUAAGCCUGCUAUCCUUCUUGGAACAUGUCGAUAUCGACGUGCACCUCCCGCUCGACUCGCCGCUCUGGCCCGGUUGUGGCGUGCUGCACCUGUGCGUGCUAUUCGCCGCGAACGAGGACAACGUCCCGGACAUACGUACGAGCAUUGACUUACCGAACAUCAACUGUUGGUUAAGCCCGAAUGGUCCCUUAUGGAUCGAGCACUGCCUGAGACACGGCGCCGACAUAUAUGCGCCGGACGCCCGCGGCUUGAGUCCGCUGCAGCUGGCCUUCCGCCUGGGCAAGCACUACCUGAUUACUUACCUGCUGCAUACCCAGCCGUGUUUUCAAGCCGACCCCGGCAUGUCGCGCUUGCUACUCGGCUGCCUGUAUGGGGACGCGAAAUUCCCGGCUCGACCAGGACGUCAAAUUGGGCAGGGGUGA